CAGAACUACAACUCCCGGGCGGCCCCGCCCCUCCUCCGGGAGCCGCGCGCCCGUUCCUUCCGCUUCCGGGGCAGCGGGGGCGAGCGGAGGAGACGUGUCCUUCCGUCGCCGGCGGUGGAGGGGAGAGCGGCGCGAUGGAGCUCGAGGCCAUGAGCAGAUACACCAGCCCGGUGAACCCGGCUGUGUUCCCGCACCUCACCGUGGUGCUGCUGGCCAUUGGCAUGUUCUUCACUGCCUGGUUCUUCGUCUAUGAAGUGACUUCCACUAAGUACACACGGGACAUCUACAAGGAACUGCUUAUCUCCCUGGUGGCUUCACUUUUCAUGGGCUUUGGAGUUCUCUUCUUGCUGUUGUGGGUCGGUAUCUAUGUGUGACACUAAGCCAGGGACCUACUCUAGAAAAACGCCAGGUGAUUUUCCUCAAAAGUGGACGUUCCUUCUCUGACAAGUCUUUGCCAGUCAUCCCUAUCCUGGGCUACUCUCUCCCAGUGUGCAGUGUCGAUGCCACAUCUCUUGAUGUUUAUCUUGAGGGUGUCUUUAAAACGUUUCUUUUGGCCUCCUCGUUUCCUUUCUUCUUUGGUGAGUUGGGCAUACAGCAGUUGUUUUGGUAAGUGUCCAUCAGGCAUGUGCACUCAGUGCCCGCUCCACCUCAGCUGUUGCUGGAUAAUCAGGGCCUCAACACUGAAGAUGUUGGUAUCUGUGAGACACUGACAUUAGUGUGGCAAUCCUCCCACUUUAUGAAGUGUUAACUCAGCACAGUGGAUCUCAGUCUGUAGUCCGUGGACCAUCACUUAAGUUAAGAAGUCUGUCUUUAUGGUCUGCAGAACUAAAGUUUUAGAGGACCAUGGUGAAGGGGUUAUGAUCCAUGAAAGGAUCUCUCUCUUAGGGAUAGAUUAACAGACCGGAACAGAUGGAGAGCCUUUACUGUAACCAGUGAGAAAUAGCAGCUUUCUCACUGGCCCUCACUAAACCCCUAAUUCUUCACUGCUUGGUACUCUAGCUUAUGCUCAAAUAAAUUUGUUUGUCUCUAAGGUG